GGAGGGGGUGGGAAGAGAGAGAGCUGGAAGAGAGAAUGGGGGAGGAGGAGGAGCAGCCGCAGGAGCCGCAGCCGGAGGAGGAGGAGCGGCGGCCACGCUAAUUAGCCAGGCCGGGCCGGGUCGGGCCGAGCCGCGCGGACCGAACUAGCCGUCGAGCAGCCCAAGGAGCCAAGCCCGGGGCCGCCGCCUUCGCCAUCGCCGCCUCCCGCCAGUCCCGCACCAUGGCCGAGACGCUCUCCACCGCCACGUCCUACACCGAAGACGACUUUUACUGCCCGGUCUGUCAGGAGGUGUUCAAGACCCCGGUGCGGACCGCGGCCUGUCAGCACGUUUUUUGUAGAAAAUGUUUCCUGACUGCUAUGAGAGAAAGUGGAAUACACUGUCCCCUCUGUCGUGGAAAUGUAACUAGAAGAGAGCGAGCAUGUCCUGAACGGGCCUUAGACAUUGAAAAUGUCAUGAGGAAAUUUUCUGGUAGCUGCAGAUGCUGUGCAAAACAGAUCAAAUUUUAUCGCAUGAGACAUCAUUACAAAUCUUGUAAGAAGUAUCAGGAUGAGUAUGGUGUGUCCUCCAUCAUUCCAAACUUUCAGAUCUCUCAAGAUUCAGUAGGGAAUAGUAAUAGGAGUGAGACAUCUACGUCUGAUAAUACAGAGACCUAUCAAGGAGAUGCAAGUUCUACUGGGCAUCCCACAUUUAAGUGUCCCUUGUGUCAAGAAGCAAACUUUACAAGACAGCGUUUACUGGAUCAUUGUAAUAAUAGUCACCUCUUUCAGAUAGUCCCUGUGACGUGUCCUAUUUGUGUGUCUCUUCCAUGGGGUGAUCCUAGCCAGAUUACUAGAAAUUUUGUUAGCCAUCUAAAUCAGAGACAUCAGUUUGAUUAUGGAGAAUUUGUGAAUCUUCAAUUAGAUGAGGAAACACAGUAUCAGACUGCUGUUGAAGAAUCUUAUCAAGUAAACUUCUGAAGGUUGUAGUCAUCUGCAUUUUCUAUCUGCAAGUGCCAUCUUUGAGGGAAAAAGCUACGUGAAUUCACGUUUCAGUAACCUGAUGUGUAUAUUAAUAAAAAGGAAUUCAGUCUACUCUUUUGUUUAUUGUAAAACAAGGAUAGACUUUUAAAAACAUUGUCUUUUCAUCCUUGAAAAAUGGAGGUUAUAGUAUUACUUAAAAAGCAUAGAAAGGAACUUCCCUGUGGUGAUGGUGAAAAAUGGAGUCUGCUGAUGUAAAUGUUGUACCUUAUUCUUUUCUAUGUUAAGCUUUCUUGAAUUACUCAUUUCUCAGUUUUUUAUUUGAUGCAGUUUUCCCACUAUUCAUUGUGCAGUAAAUAAUAGUAACACUUUUUAAAAAAUGGAUUAAACCCUUAUAAAUCUGAGCCAGUUAUUACUACUAUCAAAAUGGAAAUUUUGAGAAUUAAAUGGAAAGUCAUCUUUUUGUGUGAUUUGUAGCUGAAAAAUUAAUCUUAAAAUUAUAUUUAUAGAUUUUAGUAUUUUGAAGAGUAGUGAGAUUUCUUUAGUAAUAUUAACACUUAAAGAAAGGAAGGUGAAUGUUGCCAUUCUGUUUCCUUAUGUUAAAAACGUGGAGUAUUGCAUAGCUGUGUGACUUCCUUUUUGUCAUUGGGAAGAAAUUAUAUGCUAUUAUCAAAGGAAAAUUAAGUUUUAUUUCUGUGGAAGGCAGUUAAAAGUGGGAUACCCUGAUCUUUGACUGUCAAUGACCAUUAACACUGAAGAAAGUUACUUGAGCAACCCUUGGUCCCAAAAUUUUAGUAGUAGUGAUUAGUUAUGACAGCAGUGAGUUUAAUGGAACGUUUUUUUGAGUUGAUGGUAUUAAAUGCUGAUAAACAGGUAUUUAAAUGAGGUAUGUCCUCUUCUAUGUAUAUAAGAAAUUUUCUUUUAUUCAUAAAGGCUAAGGUGUAUGCUAUAUAUUUUUGGCACUUUUGCAGGUGAUAUACAUGCACCGUUAUCUGCUAGAUAAUGAAAAAAAAAUGGAAAAGCAAUAUGGAGGUCAAAGGGUUUUUAUUGGAUUAGUUAAAUAUUAUAUAGUCACCAAAAUUUCCAAAAACCCACUCAGAAACCAAAUGCCAGAUUGUCCAGUUGGCUGCUAAUACUUUUUUUCUGGGAGAUGGGGGGGUGGGUGAGUUUACAUGCAUGUGUAGCACUCCUGGUUUAUAUCAUCAAGAAGGAGGUGAGGCUAAAGAAAGGAGAACAAAUUCUUAAGCCAGAAAGUCUGUCUCAGGACUUUAUAGUGCCAGAGGAUUACUUUUUUUGUUUUUUUUUUUGUUUUGUUUUGUUUUCACUUUUGGGAGUGAGUGCUAGCACGUGUAUCAUAAAUUACCUUGCACUGGAAGGCCUAAAUCACAGAAUUAGGAUAAAGAGUGGACUCUGACAUUCCAUGCUAAUGUAUACUGUUUACGCUAUCUUAAAAACAGCAGAAAAUGGAAACCUCAAAAGUAGUUUGCUGCUAAUAUACAUAUUGUGUAAAAAAAGUCUAUUUUGGUUUUGUUAAAACCCUCAAUGUUAACUUUUCUACAGUGAACAUUUCUUAACUGAUUUAAUAAAGAUGUUAAUUUUGGAAGUGG